AUGAGUACUUCUAAACUAGGUGAGAAUAAGAAUGAAAAUAGCAAAAAAGUGAACAAAGGUCCAUCUUUACGACAUGAUCCCUCAAAUGAUAAACAGAUAUCUUCUGAGGGGUUAAUAAAAGGUGAAACUCCAAAAAAAGAACGUCCCUUAAAGAUGGAGGAGCCGGAAAGUUUAGGUCCUCCGGAAAGAUACCUGUAUAAGUUUGAUGGGAAAAAUUAUGUUAAUAAGAAAAGUGGGUUAGUAGUAUCGACAGGAGAGUUCAUAAGGGCCCAUUACGAAUGGCUCGGAAAAACUAGUGCGUCAUCUAACCACAGCGAUACUAAUUUAGGUCCCUUAGAGAUUGAUGAUCUUAUCAGAGUAGAAUCCCAGUUUGCGGCAAAAAUAUUAGGCAAACCACCCAUGUCGAAACAUUAUCUUCAUACCUUCGAAUUUUUCUUUAUGGAAUUUCUCUGGGAGGAAAGUCUUAUCGAUAAAGGGUUAGAGGUGGAGGAUAGCGAUGCUAAUGUUAAGUUUCACCGGUUAUUAUACGAACUAGUUGUGUUCUGGAGAAAUUAUUCAAGGAAAGAGAGAAGAAUACCAAAUUUCACCAUGUUGCAUGCUGUUAAGGAGUUGGAGUGCUUUAGAAUUUAUAUCAAGAAAUCGGUCGCAUGGCUAUAUCAGCAUACGAAGGAAGUGAAGCCUCUGUUACUAGCAACACGAAAGAGGUCAGAGGAAAAAGAUGUCGAGUGGGGGUUCCCCGAUUGGAAACAAGUACCUUCCCUAGAAAUGGAUGGAAUAGACGAAUUUAAUAUCGAUAGUAAGUUGAAUGAAUUACUAGCAGUAGGAAAAGGAUUGAGAUCCGGAUAA